AUGGAUGGCAUCUUACGGGAUUUGUCACCAUUUGACGAGGACGAGGCCAUUGAACUCCAGUUAUCUGAACUGAGCGACGAUGAUGCUGUCCCUCGGGCCGUGACGCCGCCACCUACUCUCCAGCAAUUUCAUGUUUUCCUAGAAACUGCGGAAGAAACCGCGGAAGACACCGUGUCUAUCCUCCUGCGCCUGUACAACGGCGGGACCCCCCUUUUCACUAAGGAGGCUUUCCGAGAUGCCGCCGAUCAACUCGACCGCUACUUGGAAGAUGCCAACUCGGAACACACAGUGUCGCUCGUGGGUCUCGAUGGCACGCCGGUCCAUUUCUGCUUCAGGGUUGGACAAGAUGUCAGCAAAGGGAGCAAAUUGUUUUGGCCAGGUUGCAAAAUCGUAACCGCCAAGCCCCGUCUUGACUACCGCGGCCUGUUUCAACUCAUGUCAACUGACAGCAGCGAGCCGGGGGGUCUUGGACGAGCCUAUUUGCCCAUCGACAUUGUCCAGGAAACAGAAAUACGCGAUGUCAAGACCGGUGAGCUGAUCGUUCCUUGGCUCAUGCUCAACCACGACGAGGUUCGGGAGCGGUUUUACCGGGACCUGGCUUUCUGGAAAAGAACCGUUCCGUUCAGUCACCUUCGAUGGCUUCUUGGAUCGACCGGUAUCAUUCAUAACAUCAAAAACGUCGUUGCAUUUGGAUGUGGUACCAUUACGCGGCUGAAGGACCAGGAAAUGCACCAGCGGAGCACCUCACAGCAUGCGCUGAUGCUAGAGGUGCGGGAUUAUAUCAAGAAAACUCUUGGGGUGGAGGUCCAGUGCUUCGCCCAGGAUCCGGCUUACACUUCGAUCGACAAACAGGUCCUGGGUGAGCUAGGUAUCACCGUUCUCGACGACCCGAGGGCCUGGCUCCAGGUGGAGAACGGGAGCGUGGUCAUCGCCAUUGAGCCAACCAUUCCAACGACCGAGAUCAUCGCUGACAUUGCAAAACCGGGUGUCAUCAUGAUGCCCGUGCCGCCAGAAGAGUACUCGCCCCCCGUGUGGAAGACAUGA